GUUGCCGGCUGUCGGAAAAAGGUCGUUAUGUUUGUUGACGUGAAGCAAAGACGUUGCUGGCCAUGUCCUUGAUAUUUGACAAUGAUGACACAUGUAUUUUUGUCGGAGGGUUAAAGAGAGAUCUGGUUGCUCGAAAGCUGAAAGGUUACCUAACCCUCCUGUUCAAAUGCCUCAACCUUGACAUCAGAAGACGCCAUAUAACAGUCAUCAACAGCAAGAAAUCAGACUACUGCUAUGCAUUUGUUGAUCUGCAACAUGUUGAAACAGUGAAGUACGUUCUUCAUCGCUUGAGUUCCGAGACUAACAGAGCAGAUGUCAAUUUUGACUUCACUUCAAUACAAGACCCAAACAAGCGUCUCAAGGUUGACUACAAGAAACCACCAAAACAGUCCCCACAAAGAAUAGUUGACCGCAGUAACAAUGGUGCUGACAAUGGCACUGAACCACAGUUCUCAUUGGCUGAUAAGGUUAAGAAACUUCCGUUCUCAAGUCCGACUCAUCAGGGCAAUCAUGCACAGACAUCAACCACGGGUCUGGCGACACAAACAUCAAAACCAGUCUUACCACCCCUUGAAAGUGUUCAGGUGUCCAUGGCUACAUCAGUCAGUGGACUGGGUCCCAAUGCACCUAAGCGUUUCUAUCAUUACCGGGAAACUUUAGGCAAUGAGACUCGGACUGCUGAGUUCAAACAGGGAGGGUUUGUUGCAAGUGAACGCAAAUACCUGUUACAGGACAAUAUAGGGAAGUAUGUAUGUGGCUUUCUCAACUCGAAUGGUGGGACAUUGUUCAUCGGUGUAGACAAUGAUGGCUAUGUAGUUGGUGUUGUGUGCGACCAGCAAGAUGAGGACAAACACCGACUGUCCAUAGAUCAUGCCAUCAAGUCCAUAAGUCCAACAUUGCUACCCAACCUGUACACUGUCGACUUUGUACCAGUCCUGGAUGAAGCCAACUCUUUCUCCUCGAAUUUGAAGGUCCUAGAGGUGAAGGUGAAGGACCCAGAUGAUCAUGCUGAGCUGUACUUGUACCGUGGUGAUGCCUUUCUGCGUCGGGAUGGCAGUAUUCAGAUGCUGAAAGCCCGGGAAAUACAACACUGGGAGAGACAGAAACAAGAGAAGUCUCAAGAAGGCCGGGAAGAAGUCAUGGUGAAGCUGAUGGAGAAGACAAAUGAGCUGCAGGCCUUACAGAAGCAGAUGUUGGAGUUAGAGCGAAAGAACAAGAAGUCCAGAGUCUGCUCAGUCAUGUAGCCCGGAUUCUUCUGCAAUGUCUUGUGUCAGUUUUGUAAGGAUGAUCAGCCUUAGAUUAGAUUUUUUUGUUUCAAAAACAACAUGAUUACAGUUGUAUAAAGAGUUUAAAGAGAAUAUUCAGGAACAUCAGCACACUUUUCUUAAUUUAUUGUUUUAAUGGUUAAUGACGGUUAAGUGGAGAACUAUACUGUAUGGAUGUAUGCAUUUCCUGACUUAUUGGUUGUACAGGCUGACCAGGUCAGGUGAAGGUCACAGCAAGAAAACCUUCAUUAUGUCAAUAUACAUUGUCAGAUAUGUAGAACAUAUUUUGUUGUUGUUUAGGUGUGAUUAUGUGUUAUUGGCCUUCGGUGCACCUAGACACAUAUGCCUCAACUUCAUGACACCUGAUGUCAGGGCUGCUUGAGGGGGUUUCAGUUCCCUUCCUGUUGAUAUUUUCUGCCUGAGUAGUUACUUGUUUCUUUGACCCUUCAUUGUUUCAAGGGGUUUUCCAGUACAAUAAGGAUGCCCAUCUUAUAAUUAACCAUCAUGUUCACGAACUUCUUCAUGAAUCUGACGUCAAAUCAACAUUUAUUUAAUUGUUUUUUCUGGUUUCUUAGAUAUUGUUUACAGAUAUUUUCACAGAUGUGUUUAUGGAUAUGUCUACAAAUAUGUGAGUUGAGAAAUGUAUUGCUGUUAUGUUUAUACACAUGUUGAUGAUGGCAGUGUGACUUUUAUACUAGCUUCUUACAAACUACUGUGAUAUUUGCCCCCAUUCCUUUGUAGUGUGUGUAGCAGUGUGGAAUGUCUGCUGUGACUUCUAGGUCGGUACAAAUUAAUAUUUUUACAAAUGAGUUUGAAUGAUGUACAUCUGAUUAUAAUCAGUUAUGAUUUGUGAGUGAGAGAGUAUGGUUUCACAAAACCUUCAGCAAUAGUAGGCUGAGAGUGGACAACAAGGUGCAGAGAUUUACACAUGAUAUGCAUGGUAGAAUCAAACUCAGUUUAAGGGCAGCUGUUUAACUUGUCACAUAUGUGCCUCAUAAGUGCCUUGUAACAUGGUACAGGCUGAGGAAGAUCAACUGCAGAAAAGUUCCCACACUGAUGUUAAAUGUCUGAUAGAAGCCAAGAGAAUAUCCUCAUUUCAGAACCUGAAGAAACUCAGACUUGCCAAGGCAUUGUAGCCUUGCUUUGGAAUUUUAGGAUAUUUUUGUUUCUGACACUGCAUGUGAGUCUAAGAAAACACAGAAAUGAAGACAAAGACUUUUGGGCAUGGCAACUCAAUUAUGUAUAAAGCCAAAAUGCUGAGAACAUUUUGGCUUCUUUCUGUUAUGUCUGCUAAAAACAUCACUCUGUUUAAUGGGAUGUUAUUAUUGGAUUAUUUGACCUGCUAAAAAGUCACUCUGUUAUAAGGGAUGAUAUUAUUUGAUUAUUUAACCCGCUUAAAAGGCCACUCUGUUAUAUGGUAUGUUAUUAUUUGAUUAUAUGAUCCGCUAAAAUGGUCACUCUUUUAUAAGGGAGGUUAUUAUUGGAUUAUUAAACCCGCUUAAAGGUCACUCUGUUAUAUGGGAUGUUAUUAUUUGAUUAUAUGACUUGCUAAAAAGUCACUCUGUUAUAAGGGAGGUUAUUAUUGGAUUAUUUGACCUGCUAAAAAGGUCACUCUGUUAUACAUGAUGCUAUUAUUUGAUUAUUUGUCAGCAGACACUAAAGCAGCAUGUAUAUUUCGUUAUGGGUCUUUUAAUGUUUAAUAAAUAAUAUUUUUGACUAUUGACCCCAUGGUUUUGAUAAAAAAUGUGUAAAUAGAGGAAUAAUAGGACCAGGUGCCAAUUAGAAGCAUGCAUGAUUCUGUGGAACUCCACCCUCCUUAAUAGGAGCAUUACAGUUGUGGGUGUUCAACCCUUCAUUGUAACCUGUAUUAACAUAUUAAUGUAGCACCUUAAUGGUCUGGUCACAAUCACAGGUUCUGUUGGUACAUAUGCUUGGUAAAAGGACCCAUAUGCUUACAUCAUGAAAAGAUCAUAUGUACCUUUUCAUUUUGCAGUAGUGCCUUCAUGUGAAAAUGUGUACUUUCUACUGCCUUUGUGUUAAAAUAUGUACUUUCUACUACCUUCAUGUUAAAAUAUGUACUUUCUACUGCCUUCAUGUUCAAAUGUGUACUUUCUACUGCCUUCAUGUUAAAAUGUGUACUUUCUACUGCCUUCAUGUAAAAAUGU